AAAUAUAGACGCAAAAUUUCUUACCUUUUCAUUUAAAAGGGUAUCAAUAAGAUUUAAGAUAUAGGACACACAUUGCUUUUUUUGAAGUGUGUUUUGGAAGUACAAUUUUUCACAUUUAAACUUAAAAUUUCAACUCGGUUGUAGAAUGAUGAAAAAACACAACCCCAGUGAUGUUGGUUCGAGGAGAGAAUACUUAAGGAUGAAACAGGAAGAGAUAACGGAGAAGAGGCACGCGAAUGCUGCAUGUUUUAUAUACAACGGAGAUGAACGAGGGAAAAAACAGUCAUCCAGCAUUUUUGCAAAAGAUCAAGUCGUAAAAGACACGAAACCGGAAGUUAUACCAUUUCCGUUUUCCGAAACAACUAAAACAGUCGAAAAGCAGCCAACCGAAACGCAAACAAAAGCAAGAAGUCACAGAGCGGCAUUUACUGUAGUGUCAGCAAUCUUCCACAUGAAAUAUAUGGCAGAUCGGCAAAGAGCACAGAAGUUGAAGGAAAUGGCAAUGCCAUUGGAAAAAGACUUAAGGCGGUUAAGUUUGCAGCUUGAUGACAAGUAUAAUGACGAGGUUAGUAAUGACGACGCAUGGGAUUAUUUGAAACACUGUCGAUAUCUUCGUGGAGUUGAAGAAGACAAAGAAUUGACAUGUGAAGAAAUAUUUGAAUGAUAAAAACUACCCAAAUGAAAUAUGUGUAUGGUUAUAUCUUUUGUUUGUAUAAAUGCGUAUAUUAUUACUAAC